GGUCAAAGUUCGUGCAUGCACGUGACAAUGCAGCUGAUAAAAACAAACAAUGUACAUAUCCGCAAUCAAUUGUAUGUGUGUCUAGCAAGGAAUGGGUUAACUUUGAGUAGAAAGAAUGAAGGAUUUAAAGAUCAAACACUUUUGCAAAGGUGUAAUAUUUGCUGUCAUUUUUGCAGUGUUGUGGUAUUUCCAUUCAAAAGCAAGUGCAUUCGGGACCGUUUUAAAACAAACUGAAGCAGAUCUUGGAGACAGCAUUGUUUUUCGCAAUAAUCAAAGCGAUAAGUUGCAAGCAGAUGCAUACAGGCAAACAAUUCCAAGUAAAGUUAGAAGCAGAGGUCUAAAAUGGGUUCAAGAACAAGGACAUCCUUCGUAUCAAGGGAAACUACUCUAUUCAGACUCAGAGAGUGUUGGGGAUUCCUCAGAUGACCCAGAUAAUGAUGCCGAUUGUAGUGAUGUACAUAAACAAAACAUGACAUACCGGUGUACAUUUGUGAACGUUACUGAUGAUUGUCAGAUAGACGAGGGUUUCCUCGACUACACAUACUUUGUGUACUGUGACUUUAGUUCAAAUCUGUUGCCACUCGGAAUUGUCAUAUUGAUAAUAUGGUGGUUGUUUCUCUUUGUUGGACUGGCAGUGACAGCAGAUGACUUUUUCUGUCCAGCACUAGCUGUUAUCUCUGAUACAUUAAAACUGAGCCAUAAUGUAGCUGGGGUAACAUUUCUAGCUUUUGGGAAUGGAGCACCAGAUAUUUUCUCAGCUAUAGCAGCUAUUGGCAAUGCUAAAGAUGGAGACGCUGGUCUGGCGCUUGGGGCAUUAUUGGGUGCUGGCGUUUUUGUGACAACAGUUGUUGCUGGAUUUAUAGCCAUUAUCUGCCCAUUUGAUUCUAUGCAGCGACCUUUUCUCCGGGACAUGAUUUUCUACAUUGCAGCAGUUUUCUGGACAUUUUGUGUGUUGUGGGACAAGAAAAUAACUAAAAUUGAAGCUAUAGGUUUUAUACUACUGUACGUAUUUUACGUUCUUGUGGUUGUGAUUGGUCGCUAUAUUUAUACACGUCAACGCUCAAAUUCCACAUCUCAAACUGGAGGCAUUAUACAAGAGCCCAUAGUGCCUGAAAGCACAGUAGAAAACACAGAGCAAUCUGAUAUACAAGAUGGGUCAGGGAUAAGGAUUAUCAAUCCCUUAGAUACAGUGCGCGAUGGAGAGAGUCAGCCAUUGUUGUCGAACCCGGACGUCAUUAGUCUGACGGCAGUACGGGAUCAGACGCCGCUACAGGAAUUUUUACAUCACAUAAACCCAAUAGACACAGAUGAAUGGUCGGGCUUUUCAUUAUUCAAGAAAAUUUAUGAAGUGUUCAAGGCACCAAUUAUGUUUUGUUUGCUAAUCACCGUGCCGGUUGUGAAUUGUGAUCUUGACAAAAACCAUUGGAACAGACAUCUUUAUACUUUACAAUGUGUUCUUGGUCCCCUGUUUGGAGUGGCUGCCACAAAAGUUGGAUUUUCAACAAUUGGAGGUAGUUUUCCUGUAUGGGGUCUUACACUGAUACUAGCUGUACUGCUUGCAGCUCUUGUGUUUUUUACAUCCAAAAAUGAAGUUCAGCCAAAAUACCAUGCAGCGUUUGCCUAUCUAGGGUUUGUAGUAGCUGUGGUAUGGAUUUACUCUAUAGCCAAUGAGAUAGUCAAUAUACUACAGACAUUUGGUGUAGUGUUCAACAUAAGCAAUGCAAUUCUUGGUCUUACACUUCUAGCCUGGGGAAAUAGUAUAGGAGAUUUUAUAGCUGAUACAGUAAUGGCGAAACAGGGUUUUCCGAGGAUGGGUAUAUCAGCAUGUUUUGGUGGACCUUUAUUUAAUUUAUUGUUGGGUAUAGGUAUUCCAUUCACCAUAGCAACUAUAAAACAAGGAGAUUAUAAAAUUCAGAUAACUCUGGAAGAAGUAGUGUUGGCAGGUUUUCUGGCACUCAGUUUGAUCUCAAGUAUAAUUAUCGUACCCCUGUCUCGAUUCCGGAUGUCACGAGGCUGGGGUAUAUACCUCGUUGUUUUGUAUGUUGUGUUUCUUAUUGUGGCAAUAUUGACUGAAACUAAAGUUAUACAUGCAGACAUAGAUACUACAGGGUGAUUUUAAGGACAGUUUAUAGUUUAAUCCAAAAUAAAGAACAAAAAAUAAUGUAUUGUAAAAACAUAUUAAAGAUUAUUUAUUGAUGAGAAAGAAAUGUGAAAAUAUCUCCAGAUUGAAGAGUAUUACUUUGAAUAAUUGAAAAACCUCCAGACUGAAGAGUAUUAACUAAAAUACCUCCAAAUUUAUGAGUGAUAUGAGGGAAAAAAGAGAAUAACCUCCAUACUGAAGAGUAUUUAUAUUUUCAGUUUAAAGAUUUAAGAAAUAUUUCUUCUCCUUCAAAAAUGAAGAGUAAAAUGUCUUUAAAUUAUAAGACAGUGUAUCUUUAGCAACCUUUGAGUAAAUACAUCAAAAAGUAAACUUAUUUUGAAGAACUGAAAUGUAGACAAAUCUCUCCAAAUUGAAGAGUACCUCAAGAAUGAAAAGUAAUUGUAUAGUGCAACCUCUAUAAAAAGGACUUUUGUAAAGCAACUACCUCUUUAUAACAGCAGUUUUAAUUUUUCCCAAAGUAAGAUUUCACAAUCAACAACUACAUGUAUUUAAGAGCAAAGCUCAGGCAGUUUUUGAUGCUUGGUCAAAGUAAAAGGUGUAAUUUUAAUCAUCCCUCACCCAAGAGGAAAAUACAAGCAAAUAACAUUAAAUUUGUUAAAAUAGAUGAUUAGUUUAUUUUAGAAAUUAUAAAAGGAGCAAGUGGAACAGAUUUGUUUCAAUGUGCUUUGAAUUAUGUGAUUACUAGUGUUAAAGCUGCAUGCCUCCAGAUGAGCCAAAAUAUUUGGAGAUAAUCAAACUUGAGAAAAAUGUACCAAGCUUUUAUGAAAAGUAAAAAUAUUCAAGAUAAAAGUAAUAUGUUCUAUAUUAUGAGCGGUUAAUGACCAAUUUUGCAAUGUUUUUCACCACACUUUUACUGUGUUAAUAAGGCAGUGAAGGCUAUUUUUGUCUAUUUGACAUCUUUUUUGCUAACUUACAUUGGUUGUAAGUGUCAGUGGCAAUGUGUAAAUUAUUUUCUUUGUUCAUUUCACAAUAUUAUACUUUUUAAUACAUUUUAAAAUUUUCAUGAGAAUUAGCAGGAAUUUGGAAGUGUGCUGCUUUAAUUCGGCAAGUUACUAAAAUGUAAUUUGAAACUCUGAUUUUUUUUAUGUUGAUUUACUUGUAACCACAUCAUCAAUACUCAAAAUUGCAUUCUCAAUAAAUGAGCCACGUCAUGACAAAACCAACAUAAUGGGUUUGCGACCAGCAUGGAUCCAGACCAGCCUGCUCAUCCGCGCAGUCUGAUCAGGAUCCAUGCUGUUCGCUUACAGACCCUAUAACAAGUAGAGAAACUGAUAGCAAACAGCAUGGAUCCUGAUCAGACUGUGCAGAUCUGGAUCCAUGCUGGUCGCAAACCCACUAUGUUGGUUUUGUCGUGACACGGCUCAAAUGUACUCGUUUAGUGAACAAGUGUUUAUAGUACUUUUUAAAAAAAAAUAAUUUACCAGAAAUAAAAAUAUUUGUAAUAUGUUAUAUAUGUUUGUGUCAACUUUGUUCACUAUUGAACAAAUGUUAAUGUUACAAUGUGCCAAUAGAAUAGACUGUGUUAAGUUGGAGUAAUUUGUUUUUGUUAAACUAAGUUCUAUGUUUAUUUAUAUAAAUUUCUUUUCUUCAUUCUGAUAACAUAUAAAAAAAAUACUCGGCGAAAUUUUAUUCGCUCUUAGAUAAGUACAUGUAUACAAUAAUCUUAAUUUUUGAGCAAUGACGUACAGUUCCUUCUUGAAUGUAUGUAUGUUUGUCAGCUAGUGUUAAAGGAAAUUGUCUGUUACCACUUAGCCAGUCAUAUUCAUUCCAGCAUGAGUUACUACCGCUGGUGAAAGUAGAAUAGAGAUAUUUCUACUUCUUACAGUCACUUAGUUAUCACUUGUGUUUAAAUCUUUUUUUUUUUAGCUCACCUGUCACAAAGUGACAGGGUGAGCUUUUGUGAUCACUUUUCGUCCGUCCGGCGUCCAGCGUCCGUCGUCAGUAAACUUUUACUUUAAAUGACAUCUCCUCAUAAACAACUAAGCCAAUUUCAUCCAAACUUCACAGGAAUGUUCCUUUGGUGGUCACCUUUGAAAAUUGUUCAAAGAAUUUAAUUCCAUGCAGAACUCUGGUUGCCAUGGCAACCAAAAGAAAAAACUUAAAAUAUCUUCUUCUAAAAAACCCAAAGAGCUAGAGCUUAGAUUUUUGGCAUGUAACAUCUUCUGGUGAGUGUCUACCAAGUUUGUUCAAAUAAAAGCCCUUGGGUCAAAAUUGGCCCCGCCCCAGGGGGUCAUUGAUUUUCCCUAUAUGCAUAUAGUAAAAACUUUAAAAAAUCUUCUUUUAAAGAACCCAAAGAGCUAGAACUAAGAUAUUUAGCAUGAAACAUCUUCUAAUGGGUGUCUACCAAGUUUGUUCAAAUAAAAGCCCUGGGGUCAAAAUUGGCCCCGCCCCAGGGGGUCAUUGAUUUUCCCUAUAUGUAUAUAGUAAAAACUUAAAAAAUCUUCUUUUAAAGAACCAAAAGAGCUAGAGCUAAGAUAUUUAGCAUGAAACAUCUUCUAAUGGAUGUCUACCAAGUUUGUUCAAAUAAAAGCCCUGGGGUCAAGAUUGGCCCCGCCCAAGGGGGUCAUUGAUUUUCCCUAUAUACAUAUAGUAAAAACUUUAAAAAAUCUUCUUUAAAGAACCAAAAGAGCUAUGGCUAAGAUAUUUAGCAUGAACAUCUUCUAAUGGAUGUCUACCAUGUUUGUUCAAAUAAAAGCCCUGGGGUCAAAGUUGGCCCAACCCCAGGGGGUCAUUGAUUGUCCAUAUAUACAUAUAGUAAAAUCUUAAAACUCUUCUUUUAAAGAACCCAAAGAGCUAGAGCUAAGAUAUUUAGCAUGAAACAUCUUCUAAUGGGUGUCUACCAAGUUUGUUCAAAUAAAAGCCCUGGGGUCAAAAUUUGCACGGCCCUGGGGGUCAUUGAUUUUCCAAAUUUCCUUAUAUGUGUAUAGGAAAAACUUAAAAAAUCUUCUUUGGAAAAAACCAAAUAGCUAGAGUUUAGAUAUUAAGCAUGAAACAUCUUCUAGUGAUUGUCUACAAAGUUUGUUCAAAUAAAAGCCCUGGGGUCAAAAUUGGCCCCACCCCGGAGGUCGUUCAUUUUCCCUAUAUGUGUAAAACUAUAGCAAAAAUUGAAAAAUCUUCUUUGAAAAAACUCAAAUAGCUAGAGUUUAGAUAUUAAGCACGAAGCAUCUACUAGUGAGUGUCUUCAAAGUUUGUUCAAAUAAAAGCCCUGGAGUCAAAAUUGGCCCCGCCCCGGGGGACAUUGAUUUUCCUUAUACGAGUAUAGCAAAAACUUACAAAUCUUCUUUGAAAAAACCCGAAUAGGUAGAGUUUAGAUAUUAAGCAUGAAACAUUUUCUAGUAAGUGUCUACAAAGAUUGUUCAAAUAAAAGCCCUGGGGUCAAAACUGGCCCUGCCCCAGGUGUGUCAUUGUUUUUAACUAUAUGUGUAAAGAAAAAACUUUAAAAAAUCUUCUUUUAAAAAUCCCAACGAGCUAGACCUUAGAUGUUUAGCAUGAAACAUCUUCUAAUGGUUGUCUACAAAAUUUGUUCAAAUAAAAGCCCCGGGCUUUAAACUGGCCCUGCUCCGGGGGCCUAUGUAUAGGUGAGCGACUUCAGGGCCAUCAUGGCCCUCUUGUUUAAAGUAAGCAACGAUUGCCAAUAUUAAAUCACUUGUCCCUCACCACUGUGGAGUCAUAUACUGUUAGAAUCUUGCAUACCUUAACAAACUUCAUAUUCUCUCAUCUGCGGAAGUUUUCCAGCCAUCUUUCAGAGGGUCAUUGAUCCUACUCUGAUGCCCACUCAAUCCUAAAAUAAUGAUUCUAGGAGGGCCACUUCUGUCUUCCUUCACCAGUUAAGCUGGUGUAUGACCUUUACAGUGCUAAUAUGACUUAAAACAAAACAAAACAACCUACAACAUUCAGAUGAUUUUGACCAGAGUUAUUGCCCUUGUUUACUGCACUGAUAUAGUCAUCAUUAUAUUGACAAUUAUCUUGGAUGUUUGGUCCAUAAUAACUAUGGAUAGCUACCUACCCUUCCUUUUUGUUGGGUUGGAAGUAGCUGCUGUGGUUCAGGUUACUUAAGCUAAAUUUCCCUCACAUUUUUGCAGUGUUCCCAACAGUGUAAAAAAUGUUUUGGGGUGCCUCAAUUAUUUUAUUUUUUUCAUCAUUGUAACUUAAUUUACAUAUUAAAACCUUAAAGAAUAAUGAGUUUUAAAUGAAAUGUUUAAGUGUUAUUAUACUGAAGAGUUACAGCCCUUGCAAUUUUCGUUUUUUUUUGUGGGACUAGCCAGUAUGUACAAUGACAAUUCUUGUUUUGUAUAUUUAAUUAUUUAUACUCUAUAUUUAUUUCAAUUUUGCAUAUGUAUGUUACAUAUCAUUUUCAAUUUUUACCAAAGAGCUUUAAAGAUUUUUUUUAGUCCCCUACCGGUUUACCGGAGGGGACUUUAGGUUUACCCUCCGUCCGUCUGUCUGUCUGUCAGUCCGUCCGUCCACAAAACUGGAUCCCGCGAUAACUUGAAAAGUACUGAAAAUAUUUUUAUGAAACUUGAUAUAUGGAUAGAUGGCAGUAUGGAGAUUAUGCACGUCUUUUUCUUUUCUUCCUAUGUUGAAAAUUCUGGUUGCUAUGGCAACAAAUAGGCUUAAAAUAUGGCAAAUUUUACACAUAAACUGGAUCCAGUGAUAACGCAAAAAGUACUGGAAAUAUUUUUAUGAAACUUGAAAUAUGGGUAGAUGGCAGUCUGGAGAUUAUGCACGUCUUUUUCUUUUCUUCCUAUGUUGAAAAUUCUGGUUGCUAUGGCAACAAAUAGACUGAAAAUAUGGCAAAUUUUACACAUAAACUGAAUCCAGUGAUAACUCAAAAAGUACUGGAAAUAUUUUUAUGAAACUUGACAUAUGGGUAGAUGGCAGUCUUGAGAUUAUGCAUGUCUUAUCUGUUCUCCCUAUUUUGAAAAAAUAUUGGUUGCCUUGGCAACAAAUAGGCCAAAAACAUGGCAAAUAUAACAUUAUUUGUGAUUAGUUAAAAAGAGCUGAAAUUCUUUUAUGAAAUUGCAUCUUUAAUUCAAAAGUUGUCUCCUUUUUAAGAAUUUUACUUUUAAAAUUGUUAUAUUUUGGUAACAGGGAUGUUUCAAAUAUUAACUUUAGAGUGUCCUUCAGUCAGUCUGUCUGUCUGUUCAUAAAAACUGUUUCCUGUUAUCACUUUUAAAGAACUUUUCCAACAAAUUUACUUAAAAUAUAGAAAAAUUGAAACAUUAGUGAAUGGCCAAUGGCCCUUCAGAAUGUUGAUGGGGUUCUAACCGGUAGGGGACUUAUCGAUUGCUUGCAAUACUAUGAUAAUUGCUUGUUUAUACCCGGUAUGUAUUCAUGUUGUAUGUGUCUGUAAUUUGUUAUAAUUAGCAAUCUUGAAUUGGUGCUUUCAAUUUAUUGUAAUAUUCUUUAUGUAUGAACAAAUCAUGACAAAAGUUUUAUAUAUAGCUACAUGUAUAAAUAAACUAUAAGUACGGUUUUGAAUGUAGAUUAACUUAUGGCUUACAUUUUUAUGGAUAUGAAUAUCAAACUUUGUUGGGUUUUUUUUUUUUCAAAGAAAUUUUUUUGAUUUUUUUAAUAUUUUUAUUACAUAUAAUGUUAUGGUUCAGUUUUUUGGAAUGUUCUUAUAGAAUAAAUGAAUUUCAAGUUAAAUCUUUGAUUUUGUCAGGGGGGUGGGGGGUUAUUUCCUAUAACUUGAAAUCUCCACAAUAAGUGAACAAAGGUUAGAUAAAAAAAAAUCAACUUGAAAUCUGUUUGUAAGAGUUUGGGAAUGGAAUUUAGGUCCAAUUUUUUUUAUUAAGGUGGACACCAUGCCAUUCCCGACCCGCCCAGCACACGCAAAGAAUGCCAUCCUAUUGUCAUAGCUUUUCAGUACAGUUUUGAAACACUGAGUAAUCUAUAGAUUUUCAUACAUUUUGUAUAUGAUGUAAAGGCAUACUCAAUAUUAAAUUUACAUUUGUAAUAAG